AUGACCUCACCAAUUGCCUCGGUCCGCUCUCUGCGGACACAUGGCGCUGUAGGCGCUGGUGCAGGACCAGCCUCAGCUGGGGGUCACGCACACCCCGUUUCGCCAAAACAGCCAGUUUCACCACUGCAAAUCAACUCUGUCAAGCCUUUCCAACGUCCUCCAUAUACAAACCAGGACGCGUUGCGGCAUAGCCCAAAGCCCGUCAAUGUUUCAGCAGCACUGCCCGAGAUGACCGCUUUCGAAGACAGUAUCCCGGAGAAGGGGGCGCCAGAUUCGCCUAUACUACCAACAAAGAUGCCUAUGCCAUCCAUGAACUCUCCUCUUUAUCCGCCCCUACAGCAGCAUCACAUCGGCUUUCCGCCUCCACAUUCGUAUUUAAAUCCCGGACCAGCGCCCUACAAGAUAUACCAGCCACACAACAUGGACAACAACGUUAUUGUUCGCCAGGUUCAACUGGAAUCAGCAGUGCCAGGGAUGCCCUACGGCACACUAAUCCACCCACCGCGCGAAUACUUGCCUGUUAUUCCGGCGGUCCAACCAAAAGGUUGCAAUAACGUGUAUGAUACUCCCAAGAAUAGCAACAGUAAUAGCAACGGUAACAGUAACAACUGGAUUCCACGGGACGGCAAAACCAAAAUCAAGGAUUUCUUUAUGGCAUGUCGAAACGGCAGUAUCGAGGCUGUCAAAUGGCAUCUUAACCAUGGAGCUAACGUCAUGGAGCCGUACGAUAACAUGUCAGGCAGAACACCCUUGCACGCGGCGGCAAUGAGCGAUAGCUACGAGGUCAUGAGAUUGCUGUGCGAAGCUGCUGGUCCAAGGCUGAACUUGAACGAGCUGGAUGACAGCUCCCAAACCCCUCUUCAUCUGCUGACACUCUUCGGCCGGAACUCGCACGAGUCCUUAGUGUACAUGCUGAAGAAGGGUGCCAACCCCAACGCUCAGGAUAGCGAACGCCGUACGCCUCUGAUGACAUCGUUCAUUCUUAACGAUAAUGCCCUUGUUGUUGAGACCCUUUUGGACUACGGAGCUGACCCCAACAUCCGAUGUCAGGAGAACAACGCUUUGGCAGAAGCAGCUAUCCGACUCAGAUUCCAGUGUGUAAAGGUCUUACUGGAAACGGACUUGAGCAUGUCAGAGCAAUCGUCCCUCGAACAUGCGAUGGACGUAUGUUACCGUGUGACAGAGAGCGUGAACAGGAACCAGGUGUUGAGUUUGCUUGUUAGAUGGAAGAACUCUGAGGGCAUGCAGAAGCGACAGACCCUGGCCAGGAUGAUCCUGAAAGGGACACUCCCGUUCGGGGAGAAGCGCAUUGACCAACAAAGGAUCGCCAGACAAGUGCUUGCAUUCGCAAACCAUCAAUAA